ACAACAAAAUAUGUUUUAAGAUUGCUAAAGGCUGUUUCUAAACAUGAAACCUGUUCAACGACAACACAACUAUUUUGAAUGACGAUUACAUUGUUGUUACUUGACAAGGAAAUUGUUAUGAAACGAAAGUGCUGUUUCUGGAUGGGUUUCCCGUUCAGACACAAAACAAUGCUGUUGUUUUAUAACAGCAUUACUGUAGGUGAUUGUGUUGUAAUAUUACAGUGGAUUUUUAACGGUGUGGACAGACCGGAGAAAUGGGCGUGAUCACCUCCAAAAAUAGCUCGGGGGUCCGAAUUGGUUCUAUUUUCGUCAUCAGCCUCAAAAACAUAUGAAUCAACAUAAAACUUGACAAAAAGUUGAAAGUACUCACCAAAGUUGUCUUUUUUCUGCCGUCUGGUCAUGCUUUACCAGUUAAACUGUACGACCAUCGAGAACCAAGCAGUUUUCUUCACUUUUUCCUAAAUGCCAAAAUUUGGUUUCCGCUUCGAUACGCGCAUCUUUCCGAAACCAUCCUCUAACCAUUCCCUUUCUUAUUUUCUCCGAAGAUCAUUUUACCGUUUAAAACGCUCGGGGUCUUCUGGUAUCCAUCCAGACAUCGUACGUCGAACGCUGGCAAGAGUUUUAUUUUUCGUCCGUAGAGACUCAAGGACCGCAAGUCAAGUAUAAGCCCUGAAACACGGUUAAUCGUAAGGGGCUUGGUCACUAAAAAGAUUUCUAAAGUUUUUGCCUGUUAUUCGGUAUAGUUCGUGGGUUAGUUAUGCGAUCCCGAAAUCGUGCGUUUGAGGCUCAUCCACCAAGAUUCCCCUUAUCUAAAUGCAUGGGGGAAUAGACCCUUUCGCUCGCGGCCGACUGAAAAACAAAAGUAAUGAAAAAGUUAGGACCCAGAGAAAAGUUCCUACUGGUGCCUGUCUGGUGAUUACUAUUGUUCCUCACUCAGCCACGAGCCAAAGGGUGCAUUCUCACGGCGUGGCCGACGACGUCAUCCGAAUUCGGGCGAUGGUUGCUUAACUGCCCCAAAUUUAGUCACUCCUGGCCGAGGGGCAGACAACUUCAUUAAAAUUUGUACACCGUUAUUUCCAAUUCACGUUAUUUCAUUCUUAUUUUUAUGUUGUUUCAAGGAUAUUUCAACACUGUAAAUCCAAAGGCAAUACUUGAAGUGCCUUUUGUGGCGAUACAAUUGAGUAUCGCCAAUAAACGGCCGUACGGAAAAGUAUCGCCAAAAUUUGGCGAUACUUAAGAGUAUUGCCACGAUUUGGCAAUAAACGUCGAACAAAUCAAGGGGACAAGACCUUGGUUUAAUGCCGUCGUUUUGGCAAUACCCUAAAGUAUCGCCAAAUUUUGGCGAUACUUCUGUGUAUCGCCUUUCUGAAGGCAAUACUUUUCCGUAAGGCCGUUUAUUGGCGGUACUCAAUUGUAUCGCCAAAAAAAUGUACUUUAGUAUCGCUUUUGCAUUUGCAGUGAACGAUAGUUCGCGUUUGUUUCGCGCUGUUUCAUCGUUAUUUCAAGGAAAAUAUACACUAAGAUAAAAGUUUUUUGUCCGUCGCUGCUGGCUCGUCACCGAAAGUUGAGCGAAAAUGCGUGAGUCACCCAAUGAAAGGGCGAUGAUGGUGACUCUUUCAUUCUCAGUGAGCACGUACGACCCGCAUCUUUGUGGUGUAAUAUUCCAAUCUUCAAAACAUUUUCCGUUGCAAAAUUUUCCUAUGAAUUUUGUUUAGCAGUGUCUUGUUAUGACAUUCAUUCUGGUGUCAUGUGCUUUCUCUUUCAAGGCAAGGCCCGCCCACUGGCUUGCCAUUUCACCACAACCACGAUAACGCUUUCUCUUCCCUCCCCCGCACACCGUUAUCUAGACAGAGAGGCCGUGCCCCUGACAGUAUUCCCUCCUCUCUCUCUCUCUCUCUCUCUCUCUCUCUCUCUCUCUCUCUCUCUCUCUCUCUCUCUCUCUCUCUCUCUCUCUGUGUGUGUGUGUGUGUUACUGUAUCACUUCCCUUGCCCUCCCUCCGUUUCGAUGUGAGUCGACACAUUAAUCAGCGAGGCCUUCAGUCUAGUUUGUCACUUGGAUCGUACAGCCUCGGUCUCCAAAGCGGUCCUUCCUGCCACUUUAAAGUUAAGGAAAUCAGUUUUCUUCGAUACAGCAAUUUGUUCUCUACACAGAGUAUCUUUUUUCCGAAGUACCGGGACAUCGGGAGCUAUGGCCACUACCCACCCCGACAGGUUCGACAUGGACUGGAGCGACGUGCUGCCCGGCAGUGGCGUGGUCGUGAGCGAAGACGUGUGCGGCUACGUGGGCGACACGGCCGUGCAACGCUUCACGGUCAGCAACGGCCGCGUCACGGCGCAGCUCAUCUCGGUGGGCGCCGCCAUCCAGGCCGUGCGCGUGCCGGACCGGGACGGCCGCGAGGAGGACGUGGUGCUGGGCUUCAGCACGCCGCAUGAGUACUUGAGCUCCAAAAAUCAGAAUUUCGGUGGCACGGUUGGAAGAGUGGCAAACCGCCUCGCCAACGCAAGCUUUACGCUCGAUUCAAAUGAGUACAGGCUGUACGCCAAUGAGGGCAACAACACACUGCAUGGCGGCCUCAGGGGCUGGGACCGGGCGCUGUGGCGGGGCUGCAGGCAGCCGGACGGCGUCACCUUCACGCUGCAGUCGCCGGACGGGGACGAGGGCUUCCCCGGCGCGGUGACUGCGCAGGUGACCUACCGCCUCACCGAGGACAGCCAGCUCGUCAUCAACAUGCAGGCCGUGAGCGACAAACCCACCCCCGUCAGCAUGCUCAACCACGCCUACUUCAACCUGGGCGGCCAUCAAUCCGGCGCCCAGGAAGUCUACAAGACGCGUCUGUUUCUCAAUGCGGACCGCUUCAUAGAGGUGGAUCAGGCCCUAGUGGCUACAGGUGAAAUGCCUCCCGUCGAGGGCACAGCGAACGACCUGCGGUCGCCACGUCUGCUGGGUGAAGUGUUGCAGUCGACCGAUUUCGACCGAAGUUUCGUCGUGACGAAAGGGGGCGAGCGGCCGAAUGAGAUGAUCUUCGCCGCUAGUGCCGUUCACGAGCCGUCCGGAAGAACCCUCGAGGUUUAUUCAGACCAGCCAAGCCUACACCUCUACACGUGUGGAAAAUUCCCCGAAAGCGGCUCAAACGCUCCGCUGAUAGGAAAACAUGGCGCAUCGUACCAAAGACACGGCGGUUUCACGCUCGAGCCUCAGUAUUUCCCCAACGCCAUACAUAACGUUCAGCGAUUUCCAAAGAUUGUGCUGCGGCCUGGUUCGGUAUACAGAUACAACAUGGUGUACAAGUUCGGUAUUCGAAAGCACUGAUCCGAGGCGGGCAGCGCCAUCUGAGUCAACUUCAAAGAUUUUCACAAGUCGAAGUUUCUCGAAUUUUGGACGUCAGCUGUGCAGCGUUUGACUUUGUGUUGUUUGUGUAGAAACAAGAAUAAAUAAAAAGAGACUGGCGUCUGGCAAAAUUA